UGCGUAAAUUAUCCCCAGAGUCAGAGCUGCUGCAAUUGCUGCUGCUUCUGCAGCUGCUCAGUAAUUAUUUUUCCUCUGCCUGCCUUGUUUUCUUUCCCUCUCUUGUAACUUUUCGUUUUCCAUUCCCAUACCUAACUGCAUUUCCUCUCUCUCCCUGUUUCCUCUCUCCUCUGUUUCUCUCUCUAAAAAAACCUUUUCAACUUCUUCACUAGAUUGAUUAAAUAUUAGCAUUGUUCAGUGCAGUUUCUUGUUUCUUCACCCCUUCUUCUGUAUCUGUGUUUAAUUUUUUUGUUUAUAGUUAUGAAAUUAGAUUUAAGAUUUUAAGAAACAAAAAUGGCAGCUGGGUUGGGAGGCAAUGGCUCAGCGCCGCCGUCGCUGCCGCCGCCGCGGCCAAAGUCGCCGCCGCAGUACCCUGAUUUGUACGGCAAGCGGCGGGAAUCUGCCAAAGUUCAGAUGCUGGAGAGGGAAAUUGGUUUCCUUGAGGACGAAUUAAAGUCGUUAGAGGGGCUUCACCCGGCUUCGAGAUCUUGUAAAGAGGUUGUGGAUUUUGUGACGGCGAACGCCGAUCCUCUCAUACCCACAACCAAGAAGACACGCAAAUCCUGCCGCUUCUGGAAACGGUUAUGCAACCGGGUUUCUUGCUUCAACCUCUCGUGGCUAUGCUGCUGCGCGCCGUGUCCAUCGCACUGCUGCAGCUGCAACUGCAACUGCUGCGGCGGCGGCGGCAAUUGCACCCGGGUCUGCGAAACGUGUCGAUGCAGCGGCGACUGGGUGUGCUGCAGAAUGCCGAAUUGCUCGUGCUUCUCCUCCUGCCGGAACUGCGGAUGCCUUAGCACGCCGGAAUGCCUGUCCUCGUCGUCGUCCUGCCUCGGCGUUUGCCGGCGGCCGCCGUGUUCCUGGAAGAGGUGGUGUACAUGCUUUUAUUGUCUUCCUAAAUGUCUAAAAUUUAGUUUUGGUAAUAUAUUGUGUUGUGGUAGUAAUAGUAUGUGUUGCUAUCCUUGCUACUAUUGUUAUUAGGUUUUAUUUAUUUUAUUUUAUUUUAUAAAUAUAAAUUUACUUGUGUGUGGGUAUUUUUUUGACCUCUUUUGUUUUGCUGUUUUUCUUUUCUUUCUUCAUGUAAUUAUUAUUAUUGUUAUUAUUAUUGGGAAGUCAAAAUUAUCGAAAU